CGGAGCGCCGGCAUUCUAUGAGCCGAGAUGGAACCCCCAGGUUAGAUGUUGACGACUGUUGUGUGGGUCACUGCGCAGACUUAUAUACGUCCAUCUCCCAUAGCAAUAUUUCAUUAAUCCAGCCCACUUAUUCCCGACACUGCAUUCACCAUGUUGGUCGACUUGAUUCUAAACGUCCUAGGAUCUUCCUACUUCCAGGGCUUUCUUGUCUUUGUGCUUAUCGGACUGGUAUAUCAGUCAACAUCUGGUCCGAAGCUCUACCAUGGAGUCCCUACAGUAGGCAUCGAUACAGGGAAAGGUAUCGCCGGGCUUGAGAAAGCCCGACAGGACUGGUACGUGCAUGGGAAGGAAAUUCUGGAUCGGGGGAUGAAGCAGUGUGUGGGAUGCUUCCAAGUCUUCACGGACGUCGGACCGAAGAUUGUGCUACCGAAUCGCUAUGCCGAUGAGAUUCGGAAUCAUCCUGAUCUGCACUUCGGGAAGGCUAUCCAAGAGGUACGGAGUCUGAUAUUCUGUCUGCAUAUGUGGCUGACUGGACAGGAAUUCUUUGGCUCGUAUCCCGGCUUCUCCCCCUUUGCCCAUAAUACUACUUCUCAAGUCGUUGUGGACACUGUCCGGGGCAGACUCACGCAGUCGCUUGGUUUGAUCACCGAGGAGUUGGCAGACGAAACAUCCAAGACAGUAGAUGAGCUCUUCGGCCAGCCAGAGACAUGGACGGAAAUCACAUACAAGCCAAUUCUACUGAAGCUGAUUGCCCGCGUGUCAACAAGAGUAUUCAUCGGCCCAGAACUCUGCGAAAACGAAGACUGGCUCCGCAUCAGCAAAGAAUACGCCGUCGAGUCAUUCAUCGCCGUGCGCGCCCUGCGCAAAUGGCAUUUCUCCCUCCGCCCUAUCGUGCACUGGUUCCUGCCUGAAUGUCGCAAGCUGCGCGCCACACUCGCCGAGGCACGACGCAUCAUCAUGCCUGUCAUUGAGAAGCGCCGCGAGAGCAACCGUCAGGCGCGCGAGGCGGGCCAGCCCCCAUCCAAAACGGCUGACACGAUCGGAUGGAUGGAUGAAGCGGCCAAAGGAAAACCGUACGACGUCGCGGAUGCCCAGAUCGGCCUUUCUCUUGCGGCGAUACAUACCACGACUGAAAUGGUGAGCGGGCUUAUUAGCGACCUUUGUGCGAAUCCAGAGUAUUUCGAGCCGAUGCGUGCGGAGAUCGCCUCAGUUCUGGCGGAUAAGGGCUGGUCAAAGAAAGCGCUGCACGAUCUGAAGCUUAUGGAUAGUGCGAUGAAGGAAUCUCAGCGCCAUCAUCGUGGUGAUGUUGCAUCAAUGCACCGCAUGGCCGAAAAACCCAUCACCCUCUCAGACGGCACCCAAAUCCCCCAAAACGCCUUCACAAUGGUCGGCAUCGACAAGAUGUACAGCACAUCGCAAUUCAAAAACCCACACGACUUCGACGGCAGCCGAUUCCUCAACAUGCGCCAGCAGGCUGGGCAGGAGAACCGGUGGCAGUUCGUGACAACCUCCCCGGAACACCUUUCCUUUGGACACGGCAAGCAUGCGUGUCCUGGGCGCUUCUUCGCCGGGAAUGAGAUCAAGGUUGUACUGGCUCACCUGCUGAUGAAGUAUGAUUGGAAGUUCACGAGUGAGGGUCGCAAGCAGGAUGUCAAAUUUGGGCAGCAGUCGGAUACGGAUCCAUCGGCCAAGGCGUUGAUUAAGAAGAGGGAGUUGGAUGUUGUACUUUAGGGAUAGUAGCUUUGCUUGGUUGAGUUAGUUCAUGAGUAUAACGAUCGAAAUAGUCUUCAA